AUGGAAAUAAAUAAAUUGAAUGAAGUUAAUCCAGAUGAUUUAGACGUUAUCUUUAGGGGAAUCCAAUUAUUUAUUGAUCAAAAGGAGAACGAUUUAGAUACAACGAUACCCUAACUAGUUGAUAAAUACAAAUAUUAUUAACUUCAGGAUCAUGAUAAAAAGUUUUGAUUAUUUUUUAAACAAGCAGAUUGUUCCACCGAUUCCAGAUUAGAGUGUCGGAGUUAAUCGAGAAGUGCAAAAAUCAAAAUGCCAUUAAUUACGUAUUGAGCAUCAGAGAUAUACUUAAUUAUAAGGCAUAGAAUUUUGCUGUUAUACUAACUAAGGUUCAUAAAAGGUGUGAGAUUCAAACCAAUCAAUAAAACGAGGACAACCCAUAAAUUCAAAUGAAGAAAUCAGUUCCUUCGUGGCAGUUAAAUAGUUAAUAAAAUCGAACGUUGUUCUAAUUUUAUGAUAUUGAUUUUUGGAAACUUUACGACAUUAUGCUUCUAAACAAGUAAGAGUUCAACACUUAAUUUAGGCAAUAUUGUUCAAAUUUAAUAGUGUAUCAUCAAUCGAAAAAUGAGAAUGUAGAACGAUUAUUCGCAUCCAGUUUAGAAAGAAAUUAAAGGUUUCUUCAAUCCAGAAGCAUGCCAUUGAUGGAAAUAACAACUCUCGCUGACAAAGCCAAGAAAUUGAAAUUUCUCUAACUCAUCUCAACAAUGGAAACUCCUUAUGCAAAUAAGAAUAUUACAAUGUUUGGCAACCAGAGUCCUACAAAAAAAACUCAAGUUAGUGUCAAACACUCCAUGUCGAUCAGUCCUCAAAGAACACAGAGCAGAGACCCUCAGGACCAGGACAUCAGAAAUAUUUUCGAUACAGAAAAUUGCAAUUUGUUCGAUACCAAUUACAAAGUCACCAGAGCGAAGAAUUUAUCAUUGCAUAACGACAAGAAUGCAGCAGGUUCAACCUAAUUUAAGCAGAAGGGAAAAUCUAAAUUGUAGCAGGAAAAUUUUAGUCCUCAGAAGGGGUGUAAAAAUCAAAAUUGGAUGCUCCCAGAAAUAAAGUCUCCUUUUCUUCAAGAUCAAAAUGGUAUUAAAAGCAUGUAAUUAGAUUCUCUAAUCAAACCUAUUCAGAUACACUAAAACUACGUGUUUACUUAGAGUCCGGAUAGAAGAUCAGCAAAGAAACCUCCUCUGGGAUCAGAUCUCAAUAGUACCCUUUGUUAAUAAUUGUUACCAUAAUAUAGAAGUAAUAAUAGAGCAUUCUAAACAAUAAAAAGCUUUAUUCGAAAAUGA